GACGUGUUAGCCUGUGUCUUCUUUCUCACAUCUAUUCUUCUUUAUCACGGAACAAACAAUCACCGUGUCUGGGGGAGUGUAGCAGCUGGUGCCCUUAGCAUGUUGGCCAAGGAGACAGGACUCACUGCCUUACUCUUCAAUGCUGCACUGGACCUAUACAGAUGUUGGGCUCAUGUACACAGAUCUUCGUCAGCAGUAAAAUGGCGUUGGAAAGACAGUCCUUACGGCAGAGCAUUUAAAACUCUAGCAGCUCUCAGUUUACUGGCUGGAGCAAGACUAGCAUUACUACAAGGUUCCUUACCGGCUUUUUCACCACAGGACAAUCCACCUGCUUUCCAUCCUUCAUUUACUGUCAGGUUGAUGACCUUUUGCUACUUGGCCGCUUUCAACUGGUGGCUGCUAGUGUGUCCAUGGACUUUAAGUCACGAUUGGCAGAUGGGCUCAGUACCAUUGAUCACCAACGUCAGCGAUCUAAGGAAUUUAGUCACCUGUGCUGCCAUGUGCGCUUUGUUUGGUCUCUGUUAUAGAUGUCUGCUCGAUUUGGAGAUGCAGCGUCAUACUCCAGCGGUUGUGGGAUUAAUGCUGCUCGUCAUUCCAUAUCUCCCUGCCUCCAACCUGCUGGUCACUGUGGGAUUCGUCAUCGCUGAACGAGUGUUAUAUAUUCCCAGCGUGGGCUCAGUAUUGUUGACUGCGUAUGGAAUUGAACUGAUGUGGAAGCGAGGGUUUAGAACGAAGAAGCUGCUAGUGCUGUGCGUUGCAACACUAGUGGCUGCAGGAGUAGCGAAAACACAUCUUAGAAACAGAGAUUGGAGAACUAGAGAAACUCUACUGAGAGCUGAUCUCUCAGUGCUGCCACAUAACGCAAAAUUACACUACAAUUUCGCUAAUUUCUUGAAGGAUGUCGAGCAGCACGAGAUUGCCAUCAAACAUUACAAGGAAGCGUUGAAAUUGUGGCCAAGUUACGCGAGUGCCCACAAUAACUUGGGCACGCUGGUGCUGGCAUCGGGGAGGGCGGAGCACCACUUCCUUCAAGCUCUUAAAUACAACAAAGACCACGUUAACGCUCAUUAUAAUCUCGCUAAAUUAUACAGAAAGAAGAAUAGAAUACCGGAGGCUCUUAGGAUGUUGGAACGUUGCAUCACAUUAGAACCAAGAUUCGUUCAAGCGUAUCUGGAACUGUUACUCAUGAAACCGGAUCAAGAGAAGAGGUGGAUCUUGAACAAACUGCUAGAGUUAGAGCCCUACAACUGGGAGCACUAUCUUCUUUAUGGAAACUGGCUGAGAGGACGAGGUCUUCUCCCGUUAUCACUAGAAUACUAUAGAACAGCGAUGCGUCUGUCAUUCAGUACGCGACACAACAGUCCGAGGGGCGAGUUACUGUCGCUGCGAGCUGCAUGCCUGGCGCUACGCGACACCGGCCAGUACGCGAGGAUGCUGCAGCUAUUAGUCAGAUGGCACGCAGGUCGAGGCGGGCAGCCAGCCGGGGCUCGUCUGCUGGCGGCGCGAGCCUGGAUCCUUCGCUCCCAGCUGGCGCGGCGUGCGGCGCUCUACUCCCACACGCAUCGACAGAUGACAUCAACAUGCCUACACCACAGCCAACUGGAGGUGUCGCCGGAAUUAUACGUAGAUUUUAAACAACAAGACGUCAAACCUAGUUCAAGGCUACACGCGCACGACGCGAAACUUCCCACCACUAAUAGCGUAGAGAAGAAUUGCCAAAAAACCCAUGAAAAAAGUGUCCUCUCAGCCCAGUACAAACCGACUCAUAAUAAAUCUGAAACAGGUCAUAAAUUGAAAAGUUGUCCUCUGAAUAAAAAGAAGGAACGUCGAAUAAAAGAUCCGGAGACUUUUCCAUCUUUUGUUUCGGAUCAUUUAAUUAAGACGUAUUAAUUUAAUUUCAUAUUAAAGAGGCUUCAUUUACUUUGGACCAAAAUUAAAAAUAUACUUUGAUAUUAAAAAUAGGUUUACUGGUGGUAGGACCUCUUGUGAGUCCGCGCGGGUAG